GUGUCGUCCCCUCUCAGUCUGAGUGUUUCGUGCAUAGUGCUUAUCUUCAUGAGCCCAUUCAGCUUGCUGACCUGGCAGAAAACCACUCUUCCCCCCAUCCGCACGUUUAUUUGCUGCAGUUUGAAAGCUGAGCUGCUUCAGAGGUGUCAGAACAGCAGAGCCAGUAUGAGAGGAAUGGUGACGGUACAUGAAGAUUUACAUCUAUUCAGACAGGCAUCUCCAGCAGUGGUUGUGCAGAUAUCUCCGAGCUGCAUUUAGAAAAUGUUUUUGCAGUGUGAUCAUUAAGUGUUCUGCAUGUGAGCAAUCAUUCUUCAGUGCUGUGCCACUGUUCACGAGACAAACAUAGAAUGUUCACUGCUCAAAACACUAGCCAUACUAAGUGAACAGAGUGGAAACAUAUGGAUGAAAUUCUUACCAUGCACUGAACAGCACGGCAUCAAGUGCAAAGCUCUGGGAAGAUGUCUGCUUGCAACACUUUCACUGAACACGUCUGGAAACCUGGUGAAUGUAAGAACUGCUUCAAGCCCAAAAGCUUGCAUCAGUUACCCUCAGUAUCUGAAAAAAAAACCCUCUCACAUGGAAAUCUGAAAACCAAUGCAAACCAAAGUAACAGCCAUCGUGGGAGAAAUACAGGAAAUUUCCGACCACCUGUGGCAAAGAAACCCACUAUAGCUGUGAAACCCACCAUGAUGGUGGUAGAUGGGCAGGGUGUAUGUGGCGAAAUCAGCACACCAGACCAUUGUGAGAAUAAAUCAGUGCCUGCAGGUUGGAACCGAAACAAAGCUGUCUUGAACAAAAAACCACUGAACAAUAAUAACGAAGAUGAAAUUGAAGGCUACAGCCAUGUUCAUAGGCCUUACGGCAACAGUGAUGGUGUAGGUAAGAUACCAAGUAACAAUAAUAAUGGACUGACAGAAGUUUUGAAGGAGAUUGCGGGUUUGGAUACCACACCUCAGCUAACUGGAAAUGAAACAAACUCAAGAGAAACCUUCUUGGGAAGAAUCAAUAAUUGUUAUAAAAGAUCAUUAGAAAGAAAGAUCCCUCCGAGCUGCAUGAUGGGUGGAAUGAAGGAUUCACAGGGUAAGCAUGUUAUUCUGAGUGGAAGCACUGAAGUCAUAAGUAAUGAAGGUGGACGUUUCUGUUAUCCGGAGUUCUCUAGCGGAGACGAAAGUGAGGAUGACACGUUUUUUGGCAGCAUGCAAGAAGAGCAUGAGAGCUGGGAUGAAAGUGAUGAAGAAUUGCUAGCGAUGGAAAUUCGUAUGAGGGGCCAACCUCGCUUUGCUAAUUUUAGAGCUAACACCCUAUCUCCUGUUCAGUUCUGUGUUGACAAAAAGUGGAAUACCGUGCCCCUUAGGAACAAGUCUCUCCAGCGGAUCUGUGCAGUAGAUUAUGACGACAGUUAUGAUGAAAUUUUGAAUGGUUAUGGGGAAGAGACCGUGAUUCUUUAUGGGCAAGAGAGCAUGCAGAGCAUGGUGUCUUCUGAUUCCACAUCUCCUGAUUCUUCUUUGACAGAAGAGUCUCGUUCUGGAACAACCAGCAGUUCUUCACAGAAGCUCUGUAAUGGAGGGUUAUCCCCUAGUACUCCUCAGGACCUCAAAUUGAUUGAACCAGAAUAUGAAAGUCUUUGUGAUAAUCAGCAAGUGAAAGAUGUGUCAAAAGCUCCCAGAAAUGCUCCGAAAAGUCUAGAAACUCACAAGGCAGUCCUUGCACUUCGACUGGAAGAGAAGGAUGGCAAAAUCGCUGUGCAGACUGAUAAGCAAGAGAAUAAAAGUUCUUCAGAUGUUGCUAGUCAAGCUGUAACUAUAAAUUUGGUUCCUGUGGAAGAGCAAGCUAAGCCUUACAGGGUGGUGAAUAUGGAACAACCAGUUUGCAAGCCAUAUACCAUAGUAGAUGUAUCAGGUGCCAUGACCAAUGAAUGUAAGGAGAAUCAGACUGAAACCUCAGAAAUCAAAAAUACAUCAUCUAACCCAAGCUCACCAGGAACUCCAGGCACACCUACUACAUCCUCUGCAGCAUCACCUGUACGAGUAAAUACCAAUCUGAAAAAAUCCAGUGCAAUCAGAUAUCAAGAAGUGUGGACUUCUAGUACUAGUCCAAGACAGAAGAUACCCAAGGUGGAGUUAAUUGCUAACAGCUCAGGACCUUCUGUUCCUCUCAGGAAAACAAGCCACAAGUCAGCUCCUACUUCACCUACAGCUACAAAUAUUUCCUCAAAAACCAUCCCAGUUAAGUCUCCCAAUUUAUCUGAGAUAAAAUUCAACAGCUACAAUAAUGCUGGCAUGCCACCUUUUCCUAUUAUCAUUCAUGAUGAGCCCACUUAUGCCAAGAGUUCCAAAAAUGCUAUUAAAGUUCCUAUUGUAAUCAAUCCAAAUGCGUAUGAUAACCUUGCUAUCUACAAAAGUUUUCUAGGGACCAGCGGAGAGCUAUCCAUCAAAGAUAAAACUACUAGUGUAAUAAGCCACACAUAUGAAGAAAUAGAAACAGAAAGCAAAAUGACUGAAGCCGUAGGAAGUAAUCCCACUGAAUUUUCCCCGGCGAAGGGGGUGACUAAUAGUUCUGAAUGCAGGCUGGGUUCUGUGGCUCAAAAGGUCCAAGAGUUUAAUAGCUGUCUCAGUAAAAGUCAGAUAUCACCACAGAGAAGUCAUAGUUCUGACCACAGCUCCCCAUCAAGAGUUCAAAAGACAACACAAGAGCCUGCAGCAAAAAUAGACGUAACACCAGAGGCUUCUGUUGGCAGCGGCAGAGAGAAUGCAAGCACAGUGCUUUCACAGAUUGUGGCUUCUAUCCAGCCUCCACAGUCUCCUCCAGAAACGCCUCAGUCUGGACCCAAGUCUUGUAGCGUGGAAGAACUGUAUUCCUUGCCCCCUGAUGCAGAUGCUACUAAAAACACCCUGGUACGACCCAAAUCUCUGUUUACAUCACAGUCUGAAAUAGAGUCAUCCAAGGCGGUGGAAAACACUGCCAUUAAAACGCAGAAAGAGUCACUUUCACAGCCAGUUGCCAUUCACUCUCCAAAGCUGGUGAGAGCUACCCCAAAUACCACAAGUCCCAAAACAGAGCAAGCACCGCCGUUUCCUCCUCCACGGUCCACUUCUUCACCCUAUCAUGCAAGUAACUUGUUGCAAAGACAUUUCAGCAACUGGACCAAACCAAACAGUCCUACCAGGUCGACAGAGGCUGAGUCAAUCCUUCAUUCAGAGGGUCGCCGAGCUGCUGAUGCAAAACCCAAACGCUGGAUAUCGUUUAAGAGCUUCUUCCGCCGCAGGAAAACUGACGAUGAGGAAGACAAAGAGAAAGAAAGAGAGAAAGGAAAAUUGGUGGGUCUUGAUGGAACUGUUAUACAUAUGCUCCCCCCUCCUCCAGUUCAACGUCAUCACUGGUUCAGUGAGGCAAAGUCAGACUCCAGUGAGAAGCCGUCGAUUGUUUUCAUGUAUAGAUGUGAACCGGCGCAAGCGGAACCAAAGGCUGACCAUCAGACCAAGAGUGGAGCAGAGUCUGCUAUCGCAGGUGCUCUGGCAAAAGACAAAGGAGAAACCCAGGAAAAGUCUCCAGAGAGCUCUGAACAGAAAAUAGCAAGCCACUCAUCACCACCCCUGAUUCCCAAGAAAAUCCCCAGCACAUCAGAACACUGUGGAAUCAAUGGCUCGCCAGAGUUUCAAGACAUGAUUAAAAGACUCAAGAAGGCCCUGAAAGAAUUUCCUUUAAUGGGGAAUUGUGUGAGUGAGUACAGUGGUCAAGUGCCCGAUGAUGUUGCUAGAGCUAUGUUUGUGAAGCAGGACAAUGGCGGCAGUGCCUCGGUCAUACCAGUAUCAUCUGUCCGUGUCCCACAGGGGGAGGAAGAAAAGGACGAAGCUUCGAAUUCUCCUGACUUAAAUCCUUGCAGUGCUACGUACAGCAAUUUAGGACAGUCUAGAGCAGCCAUGAUACCUCCAAAACAGCCGAGGCAACCGAAGGGAGCUUUGGAUGAUGCCAUUGCCUUUGGAGGACUAGUAGACCAAGAGACAAUGAACAACUUACAGCCAACACCACCUCCACUGCCAAAGAAAACAAUUUUGAGAGCUAACACAGAGCCAACGCCCAGAGAUCUCCAGAAGCAGGCUCUGGAGAACAACCUGUGCAUUGUGGCCAAUCCCACCUAUGACAUUGACACCAACUGGGAAGCAAGCAGCGCCUGCUCUUCGGUCAGCCUGGAGCUCAAGGUACUGGACAACGAGUCAGGAGAUUCCUUGGACAGGCCUACAGAAAAACAAAGGGCAACCACCUCAGCAACUAACAGCGUUUCCAGCCUAACCACUAUCAGUAUUAAGGACCGGUGUUCCAAUAGCAUGGAGUCUCUAACGGGGAGACGCAUCUCGCAGACUAAGCAGGGCAAAGGUGUCCAGAAGCCGCAGAGGCAAGCACUUUAUCGAGGAAUUGAAAACCGAGAGGAGGUGGUAGGUAAAAUCCGAAGCCUUCAUACUGAUUCACUGAAGAAGCUGGCACUUAAAUGUGAAGACUUAUUCAUGGCCGGACAGAAGGACCAGUUGCGAUUCGGGGUGGACAGCUGGUCGGAUUUCAGGCUAACCAGUGACAAGCCGUGCUGCGAGGCAGGUGAUGCAGUUUACUACCCAGCUUCUUACGCAAAAGAUCCUCUCAACAAUUACGCAGUCAAGAUUUGUAAGAGCAAAGAUAAGGAAUCCCAGCAGUAUUAUCACAGCCUAUCUAUCCGGCAGAGUCUGGCUAUCAACUUCAACAUCCAACAAGACUGUGGCCAUUUCCUUGCUGAAGUGCCAGUUCGUCUCCUUCCAUGGGAGGAUGCCAAUGCACCAGAGGUGGAAGAAGAAGAGCGGGAAGAAGAGGAGAAAGAACCUGAGCAAAAGAACAGAGACACUUCUUCCAGUACAGAAGCUUCACAGAAAGACAAUUCAAGCAACCAGGGGACCAUCAGCAAGCCACGCAGCCGUGUUGUGGUCAUCACACGGGAGGUCCCAUACUUAACAGUGGCCGACUUUGUGCGAGAAUCUGCACCCCGCCAUGUAAAAAGCCCAGAUUUAUAUGAGAGGCAGGUCUGUCUGCUCCUUUUACAGCUGUGUUUGGGUCUGGAGCACCUGAAACCCUAUCAUAUCACACACUGUGAUCUGCGGUUAGAGAACCUGCUGCUGGUGCAUUCCAGACCAGGAGGCAGCCCUCUGAGCUCUGAGUCCAUGGAGCCCAGUCCCAACACUGCUUGCCCGGCCAGAUUAAUAGUAAGCAAUUUCUCCCAGGCCAAGCAGAAGAGUCAUAUGGUGGAUCCUGAAGUCCUACGGGAUCAGUCCCGCCUGGCUCCAGAAAUCAUCACUGCAACGCAGUACAAGAAGUGUGAUGAGUUCCAGACUGGCAUCCUCAUCUACGAAAUGCUGCACUUACCCAAUCCCUUUGAUGAGAAUCCAGAGCUGAAGGAGAAGGAGUAUACUCGUGCUGAUCUCCCCAAGAUUCCUUGCCGUUCCCUCUACUCUCAAGGGCUUCAACAACUUGCCAGCUGCCUGCUGAAUCCCAACCCUUCAGAGAGGAUCCUGAUAUCAGAAGCCAAGGGAAUCCUUCAGUGUUUGCUUUGGGGUCCACGGGAGGACUUGUUCCAUGCUCUGCGUACAUCUUCCAACCCCACAAGGAGAGAUGCUGUACUUCAGAACUGGCUGGAUAUCAAAAGGACGCUGCUGAUGAUCAAGUUUGCAGAGAAGUCCUUGCACACGGACUGUGGAGUUAUUCUGGAAGACUGGCUCUGUUGUCAAUAUCUGGCUUUUGCCACUAUAGACUCGCUUCAUCGCAUUGUGAGAAUCAUGCAGCAGCACUAGUUUGCAGAGCCUGUUGCUUUUCAUGAAGCAUCCCCCACCUCCACCCCAGCCCUCAAUCCAGCAUGCCCUAGGGCUCACACUUUGUACAAGUGUUAAAAAAUAGCCUACAUGUCAAAGCCAGCAACUCUGAGCAAAUAGGUUCUAACUGGAGAAAUUGCAUCCUGUACCCAAUAUGACAGAAACUUUACCUUUUUGCCAGGCCUGUUAGGGAUAUAUACAUGACUGCAUUUGGAUCAGACAGUAUGUAACUUUAUUAAUAUCUGGCUGAAAAGGAGAGCAAACUUUGAUACCACUAUUUCUACCACUGCAGUAAACAAAUUGCCCUCCUCUUCUGCGUAGUUUCUGUCA